AUGGAUUCUGAAAAUAAAAAAAAACACAGGCCUCGGCAAUCAGGCUCAAAAGCUGCAAAAAAAAGUGCUAAAAAACAUGGAAAACUAAGUCAACAUAAUGUUAAAGCUUUUAUUUCAACUUCUUGGAAGAAAUCUGAUCGCCUUGCAAGAAGAAGUGCAGAUGUUGCUCAAAGGAGAUUACAUGUUCCUAUGGUAGAUCGUACUCCUGAAGCUUUACCUCCAAUUAUUGUAUCAGUUGUUGGACCUCCUGGUACGGGUAAAACUACGUUAAUUAAGUCAUUAGUUAGGAAAUUCUCAAGACAUACACUUAAUGAAAUUAAUGGGCCUAUUACAUGUGUCUCCGGAAAAAAGCGUCGUUUGACAUUUAUCGAAUGUCCUAAUGAUCUUAAUAGUAUGAUUGAUAUAGCCAAAGUAUCUGAUUUAGUUCUUCUACUUGUUGACGGGAAUUUUGGGUUUGAAAUGGAAACUAUGGAAUUUUUAAAUAUUUUGAUACCUCAUGGAUUUCCUAAAAUUAUGGGAGUUCUUACACAUCUUGAUCUUUUUAAAAAACCAGAAGCACUUCGAUCUGCAAAAAAGCGGCUUAAGCGGAGAUUUUGGACAGAAAUAUAUCAAGGGGCAAAACUUUUUUAUCUUUCUGGUAUAAUCAAUGGGCGUUAUCCAGAUAGAGAAAUUUUAAAUUUGGCAAGAUUUAUUUCUGUUAUUAAAUUUCGUCCUUUAAUAUGGAAAAAUACGCACCCCUAUUUUCUUGUAGAUAGGAUGGAAGAUAUAACAGAUCCUCAAAAAGUUCAUGAAGAACCAAUGUGUAAUCGUAUUAUAGUUCUUUACGGUUAUUUAAAAGGAACCAAUCUUCCUGCUGUGGAUGCUCGUAUACAUAUACCAGGUGUAGGUGAUUUUACUGCAUCUGAAAUUGAUUCACUUCCAGAUCCUUGUCCACUUCAGCAAAAAACUCGUACUCUAAGUGAAAAACAAAAAUUAAUAUAUGCACCUAUGUCCGAUAUUAGUGGUGUCAUAUUUGAUAAAGAUGCUGUUUAUAUUGAUAUACCUACUGAUGAUUUUUCCAAAAAAAACACAGAAGUACAAUCUUUAGGUGAAAAGAUGAUUAUGGAAUUACAAAAACCGGAUUAUAAUCUUGGUGAAAAUUAUUUAAAAAACGAUUUUCAAAUUUUCCAUAAUGGGAAAGAAAUAAAGUGUAAUUCUAGUUAUAAUAAUACAGGAAGAAAGCAAAUGAGAUCUCCAAAUAUGAUAAAUGAUUAUUAUGAUUCUGAAAACUAUAAAGAUAGUAAAGAGAUUGAUAAAUAUAAUUUAAAAGAAUAUCAAGAAUCAGAUGUUAGUUCUAGAUCUAAAGUAGAUUUAGAUUCUAGUGAUGAUAUGAUAGUAGAAGACGAGAUAUUACAAAAAGAUAUAGUUUCUGAAUCAGAAAAAGCUGAAAUUAGUGAGAAUCACUCUGUAGAAAUUACUAAUGAUGAUAAUUUAUCAGAGUAUUCAGACUCAAAUAAUUUAAUAGAAGACUUUGAUGAUGAGUAUCUUGGAAUGUCUUCAAAAUGGAAAGAAAAUAUAGAAAAAAAAGCUAUAAAUAUGUUUGAAUCAAAAAGAAACCUUUUAGACUUAGGAAAAUUAAUUUAUACAAAAAUAGAAUAUACGCCAAAACAGAUAAUAGAUAUUUUAGAAGGAAGAAAUGUAUCAAAUGAUAGUAAUCAUUUAAACUCUAUUCUUCAAAAUGGGGAUUUAGGGAACAAUUCGGAUAUUUUAAAAGUUUUAAGAUAUGAUGAAAAUGAAAACCAAGAAUAUUUAGAAAGAUCUAAAGUUCCAAUUGAUAUAUUUGCACUUAAGUAUUGGGAAAAUGAAGAAAAUUUAGAAUCAUUAAAACAGCGCUUUAUUACAGGAAGUCUUAUAAGUGAUAAUAUUAAUGAAUCACAAUUAACAGAAGAUGAGAAUCUUUAUGGAGAUUUUAUAGAUUUAGAAAAUCGCCAAGAAAACGAGGAUAAAAUAGCAUCAUCUAAUGAGUAUACAAGUAUAGAUCUUCAAAAAGAAAGGGAAAUUAAUUUUAAAAAAAAAGAACUAGAACUUCGUUUUGAAGAAGAAGAUAAUGAAGGCGAUAGUGAUUCUGACGAAAAAAUGAAUUGGCUUGAACAACAAAAACUAAAAAUUUCAAAACAACUUAAAAUUAAUCAAGAAGAAUAUGAAGGACUAGAAUUAUCAAGUAGAAUAAAAAUUGAAGGCUAUAGGGCAGGUUUGUAUAUAAGAUUACUUAUAUCUGACAUGCCAUGUGAAUUCGUUCAAAAUUUUAACCCAAAAUUUCCUAUUAUUGUUGGCGGUUUAUUGCCUGCUGAAGAGCAGUUUGGAUUUCUAAAAACUCGUAUUAAAAAACAUCGUUGGCAUAAAAAGAUUUUAAAGACAAAUGAUCCUUUAAUAUUUAGUUUAGGAUGGAGAAGAUUUCAGUCUUUACCUAUAUAUUAUACUUCUGACUCUAGAGUAAGAAAUAGAAUGCUGAAAUAUACUCCAGAACAUAUGCAUUGUUUUGCUGCAUUUUAUGGUCCAUUCAUGAAUCCAAACACAGGAUUUGUGGCGGUUCAAUCAGUUAGUGCUGAUAGUAUAAAAUCUGGUAUCUUUAGAAUUGCUGCAAGUGGUGUUGUGCUUGAUAAUGAUCAAACUACUCAAAUUGUAAAAAAACUUAAACUUAUUGGAAUUCCUUAUAAAAUUUUUAAAAAUACGGCAUUUAUAAAAGAUAUGUUUAAUUCUUCUCUGGAAGUUGCAAAAUUCGAAGGUGCCAGUAUACGGACUGUAUCAGGAAUUCGUGGACAAAUUAAAAAAGCAGUGCCUAAGCAUGAAGGUCAUUGCAGAUGCACGUUUGAAGAUAAAAUUCUUAUGAGUGAUAUUGUUUUUUUAAGAGCAUGGUAUCCUGUUAAACCUAGAAAAUACUAUAAUCCAGUUACAUCAUUAUUAAUAGAAGAUAAAUCUUCAUGGAAAGGAAUGCGACUUACAGGAGAGAUUAGGAGAAAAUUAAAUAUAAAAACACCUUUACAUAUUAAUUCUCAAUAUCGUAAAAUAGAAAGACCUACUAGGCAUUUUAAUCCUUUACAUAUCCCAAAAACAUUAGCAAAAUCUCUUCCUUAUGCAUCAAAACAACGAACUAUGAAACCGCAGCGCAAAAAGACAUAUCUUCAAAAAAGAGCAGUUGUUUUGAGUACAGAAGAAAGAAGAAUAAGAGAUCUUAUGCAAAAAUUAAUGACACUUCGUAAUGAAAAAAUAAAGAAGAGAAAAGAAAAACAAGAAGAAAGGCGUAAGACCUUUAGAAAGAAAAUGGAAAAAGAAGAGCUUAUUAAAAAAGAAAAAGAAAAAAUUCGUGGAAAAUUGGUCUUUCAAAAAGAAGAAAAAAGACGAACAAGUGAAAAAAAUAAUCGUAUGCAUGGGGCAAAGAAGCAAAAAAAUAAAACAAAGCAAUAA